UAGCCCCAGGCCUCCUCUUUGAACACCUGCGAUGACUGCCUGAUUCUUUUUCACGAGAGAUUUUUGUCGGCACAGAAAACAUCUUGAAAUGUCGAAAGUAACUUUCAAAAUUACGCUGACUUCGGAUCCGAAAUUACCAUUCAAAGUCCUUAGUGUCCCAGAGGGAACGCCGUUCACAGCUGUUCUAAAAUUUGCCGCAGAAGAAUUCAAGGUACCUCCUGCUACAAGUGCCAUAAUUACAAACGAUGGUAUUGGAAUAAAUCCCUCACAAAGUGCAGGAAAUGUGUUCUUAAAACAUGGAUCAGAGCUGAGGCUUAUUCCAAGAGACCGUGUCGGAAGUUGGCUUAUGACAUGAGACAGAAGACACUGUGUUUAGACUUGUUAAUAAAUGGAAUUAAAACAAUUUUAACCUCAUU